AUGACUUCGACAUUUCGAUUCGACCUAGCUUUUGCUCCUGGUGAUUCCCUAUGUUGUGACUUUUAUGACCCAAGACGGCAUUUGGAUGCCGACUGUAACAAGCUACCUAGCGAUUUGACGAGGCUUCUGAAGCACUGGGUAGCCGAGCGAAAGUUACAAAAUGAUCCUUCGACCACGUCCCAGGCUCUUCCAGCACCAUCUGAGCUAAGUGACGAAACGUCUUCUUGGAGCGAAGAAUCAGAUUGGGAUGGUAAAAGUCCAGCUUCAGUACCGAACGGUACCGAAAGAGGAGAUUACAUCACCAAUAUUGAAGGAGUUCCAGGCUUCCAAGCCUGGGUCAAUCAAACUGCAAAGUCUGAAGCGACCGAUGCGCCGGACAACGAAGGGAGGCGUAAUGAUAUAAUUCAACCAGAAUUCAUGCCACACAGUCUAGCACUAGGACCAGACGAUAUGUUCUGCUGGAUAUCUAAAUCUCAAUUUUGUUUUAAUGAUCCCUUCAAAGCAGCUUUUCCAGAAUUACAGAGAACCUUAGCCAAGGAACAAGAAAGGAAGAGGUUGGGUGAAGUUAGGCUUGUGACCAGCACUUAUCGACCGCCUGGAUCAUCACAGCCAUACUUUGCUCUAGCCACUGCUGAUGGUGUCUGCAUCGCAUCCGUUCCUCCAGCAACCAGCGACAAAUUCUCCCGGUAUGCGUUCCACAUUGGUGCGGUCUUGCGAGCGAAGUGGACAAAGAGAAUGAGCGAUUUGCAAACAUCCUAUGAUGAUCUCACGAGGGAGGCUGAAGCAGCCAUUCAGGUCGUUAUCUCUCCGCAGCAAACAGAAACGCGGGAACCGAAUUCUUCUGCAGAGCAAGAACCAGCACCACAACGAUCGAGUAAAGUGACAGGGACGGCCACAGGUGAAUUGAGCUCAUCAAUUACUGCACUGAAGCAUAUGCGGCGAACGGUACAGGCACUUUUGGCAAUCAAGGAACAUUGUGAGUUGAACAUUGUUCUUAGCAUGCAUAAAGACCAGAUGAAAAGCAAAGACCUCGAUAGCAGAGUGGACGCACUAUUGGAAGAAUCCAGGACAUGGGCCGAAGAUCUGCAAAUCACGGCAAAUAAUCUCAAAGUCAUCACCACGAACCAGAAUAAUUUCAUCGAUGGUAUCUUAGGACUUAUAAGAGCUUUUCAGCCUGUGAAGCCAAUUGCCAAGCCCGAGGCCAAUCCUUCCGCAGAAGUUACCGGCCAGCCCAAUGUCGAGGCCUCGGAACCAUUGAAGCCGGCGGUCAUCACUGUUGAGACCAAGGAAGAGGAAGGAGCGGGACAGUCGACAACUAAGAGUGCCAAAGCGGAAUCAGCAGAGCAGCCGCCGGUUGAAAACCAGGUAGUGGAGAGUCCAAAGGAGCCUACCCCCAUAGUUCAGGAGGGGCAGACACAGCCAGCUACCACCGUCGACCCGAAGAUACAAAAAAGCAACAAGCUGGACGGUGUUAUGGAAGAACUUCGAGCUCUUCUCCAACACCUAAAAGAUGCUCAAUCGGCCUUUCUCAAAGAGCUAACGGAGACCAUCCAAAACGCUCUUGAAAAGCCGAUUUCUGCCGGUGUGGGUGAAAUGAAAACUACGCAACAGGAGCUCAAUUCACUUGUGAAGUUACUUGGAAGCAUGCGGAGUGAAGUCAUCGCUGCCAAAAAGAACUUAACAGCUUUCGACAUCGUAUGUGACGAGAAAUUACCAAUCGGAGAAGGCGUCAAUAUGCUUGGCCAACGGUAUCAAGAGAAAGUCGUAGCACUAAAUGCGGCGGCUGAAACUCUGGUAGAAUACAUCAAAGACUACGACAGUACGAAGACACCACUUAGUGAUGGAAUAAAGAAGCUCUUGGACGAGCUGAGCACUGCAAAGGAGGACCUGAAAAGUGCUGCAGGUAUCCUGAGGAAUACCCUGACAGAGGUGAACACAAAGUUGGAAACCAGUGCGGAAGACGCCUUUGAUGUGGCCACGUCCCUGCCAUCUGGGAUUAGCAAGCUUGGUGAGGCACUCAUCAGCAAGGACACUCAAUUAAAAAGAGCAAAGACCGAAACGAGCGACUCCCAAGCGGCAUUGAAUAGUGCAAAGGCUACACUGACGGCCGCGGCCAGUGGGACCUACAACCCAGAGACAAGCUCGCUCGAGACAGGAAUCACAGCACUUGGGGAAGCACUGCGGACCGCGACCGCCGAGAAGACGCGAUUGACAGGAGAACUCGAAAAGCUGCGGAACGCCACUGGACCUGUGACCCCAUCUGGGGAUUCCAAGCCACCACUGCCACCAGCGGUCUCGGCCGCGAUAUCCGUCUGGAGAAGCAGGGUAUUCGUCAACGAGACCGGAAGGGACGCGGCGUUGGCAUUUCACGCCGACUUCGAAGAGGUGAAGCGAUUCAACCCCAACAUACCCGAUGCCACGUGGACCGACAGCAAGAGGCAGUUCGAUUUCUACUUCCCUAACAAAAUCCAAGAAAAGGACGUCGUCACCAUCAAGAGGAUCCUCAAGCUUCCGAAUUCCGACGGCUCUGCGGCCGCGAAGAGAUCGGCUGAAUCUGUCGCGGCUUACUUCCAUCUCGACAUGUCGCGCUUCGUCGGUGACAACGGGACCUGGGUCCGCAAGACAGAUGAUCUGUCCGGCCAUGUCCUCGCUAUCUCUGCCUUCGGGCCGUAUAAGUGGCCACAACCUCCGUUGCCGUUGUGA